UUCUCCUGCAAAGAAAAAAAGAAAACAUACAGUAUUGCCGUCGGUUUGCGGAGAUCGAGACGCUGGCUUGGGAUGGAGGGCUGCUGUCGGACCUGCAUGCCGUGUAUGGGUAGGUUAUGGAACUGGAUUUGGCCCGAAUCCACCGACCCGUCCUGCUCGGAAGCCGCAGAAAUCCGCACCGUUUCGGGGGACAUCCGGAUCCCGGACCCACGGAAGAAGACGACGCAGCUUUACGCAGCUCUCUUCGACUUCGAAGCCAGGAGCGACGAGGAGCUGUCUGUGAAAGAAGGCGACAAACUGUCGAUUAUAGAAAAACGAGGGGAAUACGUCCUGGCUAAGAAGCUCACCGGCUCGCUGGAGUCCGGCUUAGUCCCUGCGAAUUAUGUCACACUGCUGCAAGAUGAAUUUGCCAAUUACAAGUGGUAUUACGGCAAUAUCAACAGAGAAAAGGCAGAGAAGCUUCUUCUGGCGCCGCAGAAUAAGAACGGCUCCUUCCUGGUGCGCAUCAGUGAGAGCCACAGUGAUGAGUACACAAUUUCAGCCAGGAAUGAAGGCAAAGUCUUCCAUUUCCGAAUCCAUCGCUCGACCAUCGGAGCAUACUAUGUGUCUGAUAAGAUUUCAUUCGCCACACUGGACGAGCUGGUGUGCUAUUACCAGAACAACUCCAAGAGCCUCGGCGUGCCUCUGGUCCUGCCCUGCGCCCAGCAGAGGGAGCUCUUCGACAUGGAGCCCUGGGAGAGACCGCGGGAGGAUUUCAUGCUGCAGAGGAAGCUGGGGAAAGGGCACUUCGGAGAAGUCUGGGAAGCUCUCUGGACAACAGAGAAUAAACGGGUCGCCGUUAAGAUGUUGAGGCAAGAGGAUACCAAGCAGGAUGAGUUUGUGAAGGAGGUGCAAGCACUAAAGAGCCUUCAUCACCCCAAGCUGAUCCAGCUGCUGGCCCUGUGCUCCCGGGGCGAGCCCAUCUACAUCAUCACUGAGCUCAUGACGAAGGGCAGCCUGAAGACCUACCUGGGCUCUGUUGAAGGGCAGUUACUGACCUCUGCCCACUUGAUCUACAUGGCCAGCCAGGUGGCUGAGGGCAUGGCCUACCUGGAGGACCGCAGCAUCGUCCACAGGGACCUGGCAGCCCGAAACAUCCUGGUCGGAGAAGACCUGGUCUGCAAGGUCGCCGAUUUCGGACUCGCUCGCAUUAUAAGGGACAGCGUGUAUACUGCAAGCAGGACCACAAAGAUCCCGGUUAGGUGGACGGCGCCAGAGGCGGCGCUGCAGCAGCGCUUCUCGGUCAAGUCCGACGUCUGGUCCUUUGGAGUUCUACUCUACGAGAUGCUGACGAGGGGGAAGCUACCUUACGACGGUAAGACUAACAAGGAGGUCAUAGAGCUCUUGACCUCAGGGUACAGACUGCCUUGUCCGUCGCGAUGCCCAGCCAACAUUUACCACAUCAUGAUGCAGUGCUGGAACCCCGAGAGCGCACAGCGACCCUCCUUCCAUGCUCUGCACAGCCAGCUGGACAAAAUGUACUCUAGGCUGUAUUACAAGACCGUUGAUGUGUAGGGACAGCCGAGGAGCAUGCGCCGAGGGACGCGCGCGCGCCGCUGGAUGGACGGACCACGUGUGCGCGCGCUUAUAUCCCUUUGCUCAAUAAUCAUUCUGAGAUGUUUAUUUUUUUACAUCGGCACUCGCCGGUUUUAAGAUUAUAGCGAAUGCAGGUUAGCGUUGUUUUUCACGCGAGGAAAUGUGCAAUACAGACCAGGAAUUUAAUCUCGUGAGGAGAGUAGGGGGAGGGGACUGUAAAUUCGUUGUCGUGGACUUCUGAGGGUCGAUUUGGAUUUACUCUUACAAGGUGUAAGUUUGGUACACAAGAGAGUGCUUAUGUUUACAGACUCAUCCAAUGCCAACUGUACAAAAAAAAAAUAUUUGUUUUUUUUUUGGGGGGGGUGAACAGGGAAAUUUUGACCAGUGCAAUGCGGCUCUGGUAUAUUAAAACAUUGUAGCUUUUCUGGAGCUAAGAAAUGAAAGUAUGAAAUAAAUGGUAUUUAAAUACUUUAUGGUAUUUAACAAAUAAAAAUAUCAAAAUAUCA